AUGUCGAUUGCCUCACCACGACCAAGUCUCAAUCUUCCGUCAAGCCGCCGCGGCUCGACCAGCACAAUAAACUCAACCCGAUCCCCCUCAACCUCACGACCAGCUUCCAUCCGCGACAACCACACCGCAAACAGCACACCCGUCCCAGCAUCUACACGCCGCCGCGACCGCGCCGCCCUCCGCGAAUUCUACAACCUUCAAGCCACAGAGUCACCCACAAAACCACCACCACCAACCUCACAACCCGAAGACUCAGGACCACAAGAUGCACUUUCCGCUCUCGACGAUCCGUCCUUCUCUGCAAAAACAUAUGCGGAUGAACUACUCAAUACCUCUGAUGCUGAAACUCUGCUACGCACGUUAAACUCUAUCACGAUUUCUGCUCUAGGGCUUGAGGGCGAUAAGAAGGCGUUGGUGUAUGAUAAUUACACUACACUACUUUCUGCGACGAGUACCAUUAGUAGAAUGAGAGAGAAUGUGGAUCCCAUGGCGCCUGUGACGACGACGCUUGAGCCUGCGGUCAAGCAUAUUGCUGACGUUGCGAAAAGUAUAGCGGAUAGUAGGAAUGCUGGGGAUGUGGAGAGGGAAAGACAGAAAGAGACUGUGAGGUGGGUGUUGGGCGCACCGGAGAGAUUGAAGGAGUUGAAAGAGCAAGGGAAAGAAGAAGAGGUGAAGAAAGAGUGGGAUGAGGUACGAGGGCUGUUGGACAAGUGGGAGGGAGUCAAGGGUGUGGAGGAGGUGAGGAAGAAGUGUAAAGAUGUUGUUGGA